GCCGCCGACACUGCCAUCCGGCGUUCUCCAUCCCAGAAAUAAAAGAAUGUGGAGUUCCUCCGAUCCCUAGCCGCGUCGCGCGCCGAGACCGACGGCAACGCCGAGCACCUCACGUGACGCGAUCGACCACCGUGGUUGCAUCGCAAUCGCAGUCAGCCUCGAGCUUUCUCUGCGCGCGCUCCUCGGUCUCGUCCUCACUCCGUCACUCGUGAACCUCGGUCCACACUCACACGUACGCACGCCACACUCCUCGGGUCCCAUGGCCGCGUCGGAGGCCGCCGCUUCCGCGGCGAGCAAGAAGGGCGUGGCGCCAGCGAGGCCAAGCCGCGCGCGCGACUUGGUCGUGUUCGCGACGGGCGUGGCCGCGGCCGUGCUGGCGUUCGUGGGGCCGGCGUCCGUCCUCGCGCCGGGGCGCGCCGGCCUCGUCGCCUUCCCUGUCCCCGGUCCGGCGGACGGCCCGCGCACAUUCUACGACGACCCGGAGCUGUCGUACGCCCUCGGGCGGCGCGUCACCGGGUGGGACGCCAAGCGCGCGCAAUGGCUGCGGUCGCGGGGGCUCGGCGACCGGCGGAACGCCCCGGAGCGCGUGGUGAUGGUCACCGGGUCGCAGCCGGAGCCGUGCAAGGGGGCCGGGGGCGACCACCUGCUGCUGCGGUUCCUCAAGAACAAGGUGGACUACUGCCGGCUCCACGGGAUCGAGCUGCUGUACAACAACGCGCUGCUGGAGCCGUCCAUGGUGGCGUACUGGGCCAAGAUCCCCGUCGUGCGCGCGGCCAUGCUCGCGCACCCGGAGGCGGAGUGGGUGUGGUGGGUCGACGCGGACGCCGUGUUCACCGACAUGGACUUCUCCCUCCCGCUCGCCAGGUACAGCCGCUACAACCUCGUCCUGUACGGCUGGCCCGAGGAGGUGUACGAGAAGAGGUCCUGGGUGGGGCUGAACGCCGGCGUGUUCCUCAUCCGCAACUGCCAGUGGUCGCUCGACUUCAUGGACGAGUGGGCGAGCAUGGGCCCGGCCUCGCCGGAGUACGCCCGGUGGGGGAAGACGCUCAGGGACACGCUCAGCAAGAAGUUCGACGACCAGUCCGACGACCAGUCGGCGCUCGCGUACCUCCUCCUCACGAACCGGGAGCGCUGGGGCAAGAAGACCUACCUCGGGAUCGACUACUACUUCCAGGGCUACUUCGCGGAGAUCGUGGACAAGCUCGACGGCGUCGCGGCGCGGUACGAGGCCGCGGAGCGGAAGGGCGACCCCGCGCUCCGGCGGCGGCACGCGGAGCGGGAGCACCUGCGGUACGCGGCGGCGCGGAACGCGGCCGUGAGGGCCGUCGUCCCGGGCCCCGACGGCGGCGGGCAGUCGGGGUGGCGGCGCCCCUUCGUCACGCACUUCACGGGGUGCAACCCUUGCGGCGGCAAGCGCAACUCGAUCUACACGAGGGAGAUCUGCGAGGACGGGAUGCGCCGCGCGCUCGGGUUCGCGGACGACCAGGUGCUCCGCGCGUACGGGUUCCGCCACGCCGCCCCGCUCAACGACAGCGUGCGCGCGCUGCCGUUCGACUACCCCGCCGCGCGCGCGCGUAACAAUUGACGGCCACAGCGGUGAGAUGGAGCUGCGGAUUUCUACGCCAAAAUAUAAAAGAAUUGGGCGGGACCUAAUUGUAUUCUGUAUCACGUUUUCUACCUCUUUGCAUCGUUGAUAUUUGAUGUAAAACCUUUGUAGUUCGAUCGACGAAACAUGAAAGCUACAACCAUUAAUAGAGUUUUUCUUGUGUUAACCUCCA